UCUUGUCGAGGGUUGUGUCGGGUAUCGUAUCGUAUCGUAUCGUAUCGUAUCGUGUAGUAUCGUGUCGUGUCACGUAAAUGCGGCUCGCUGCGCUGCUCUUCCUUCUUCUCCAUGGCUUGAACUACCAACUCCAACGCUGCUAGCGUUCUUACCAUUCAGAACUCAAAACCACUCCGUUGAAACUUCGUGACAGCGAAACCAUCCGAAACUCUCCGAAGUUCUACGUAACCAGGCAACCAACCAAUCACCAGGAGGGUUCUCCCAAAAGACGUCAUCCAGACGUCAGAUCUGCAUCCAAUCCGAGGCACGGGGAUUCCCUGAGACGAGGCAAAUCUCCAACUCCGCUUUCAGCAAAUGCAACUGUAGUGAAAGCAUGGAUGUGGAUGUGGUGAGUUUCCGGUUGCCUGCGCAUGGAGACACUGCCCUGAGUAACAUGAACUUCCUGCGGACGCAGCAGCACUUCUGUGAUGUCACCAUCGUGGCGGGAGGCAGGCGCAUGUUCAGGGGUCACAAGGUCGUACUGGCGGCUUGCUCUGUGUUUCUCAGGGACCAGUUUCUCAUGAACCCCUCAUCAGAGCUACAGCAGGUGUCGAUGUUGCACAGCUCAGCAGUGGUAUGUGAACUCCUCCAGUCCUGUUACACAGGGAUGCUUCAGUUCAGUGCCAAAGAGAUCGUGAACUACCUGACGGCAGCCAGCUACCUGCAGAUGGAGCAUGUGGUGGAGAAAUGCAGAGGAGCCCUGAGCCAGUACAUGCAGCCCCAGACUGGCAGCCCAGUUGGGAAUGUCUCAACCUCAAACAAGGCUAUUCAGACUGUGAAUUCAGAAGACUGUCUGUCUAUGCCGGUGAUUGUCAGUGUGAGAGGAUCAGAUGCAUCUGGACACUUCGAGGGAGAGGACGGGCCUGAGAGUGACAUCAUUCAGGUGCAGAUCAACGAUGAACAUCAACCCCCCGAGAAGACCUCUGGUGCUGAGGAGGGAGACCGAGAAGCUGUUGUCGUGUUAGAUGACCACGAACCGAUGGACGCAGGUAUAGAGGAGCCCAGUAUGGAGGGGCAAGCUAAAGGCAACGACCUCAGAGGGGCAGGCCGCAUGUGGAGACGACGGCAAGGAGAGCACAGGGGAGGCAAAGGAAGAGGCUUUAAACACAGGAAACGAUACAUAUUCAAAGACCGCAAGCUCUUGGGUAACUAUCAGGAUUAUCAGGAGUGCCUCUCAACGCCAGAUGAGACUACAGGUACUUUUGGAGCGGACUUUCAGGCUGAUUUCAAGUCCAAUCAUCAGCUCACAGAUGGUUCGGUCUUCGUUGAGUAUAGGGCUGGAGAGGGACAAGGAGAAGAGAUCGUCUCUGAUGGAGGUCCUGCACACUUUGGUGUGGAAGCCUCCAGCGGGGAACAGGGAAUGAGAGUUGGGACACAUACAAAUGAGCAUGGAGCUGCUGACGAGUCUGUGGCGGUGGUGGGAUCCACGUCCUCCGUGGCGGGACCAGUGGUGUGUGAGCAGUGCGGACUGGCAGUUUGCUCAAUGCAGGACUUAGCCAUGCAUUCCCUGGUGUCACAUCGACUGUACAUGUGUCCGUGCUGCGGGAAGCACUUCAACCACUUUAAUAUCCUCAACCGCCACAUGAUCGUCCACCGUGGAGUUUCCAAGCUCCACUGUUGCCCCCUGUGCCACAAGACCUUCACUCAGAAGUCAACACUGUUAGACCACAUGAAUGUGCACAGUGGGGAGCGGCCGUAUGUGUGUGCGUACUGCCACGUCAGCUUCGCCCACAAGUCUGCUCUGCGCCGUCACCUGAUGGAGCAACACGGAAAGACCAUGCCCCAAAACCAAAUAGAGAUGCAGCGAAACAAUGGCCUAGGGUUUUAAAUCCGACUUAAAUAGGUAAAGUGGGUGUUAGAAUGAAAAUAAAAAUCUACCCUUUAUUUAUUUUCUUAAUACUGUUUUAUAUAUUCAUUUUGCACAGCCGUAAAAAAUGUCUUCGAAAUUGAUAUGAAGUAACUAUGCAGUUGAGCUCUAUAGUCUGGAGAGAAUGAGCUUUUAUUCAGUUAUUUAUGGAUCGUUUGCCCGAAAAUGAAAAUGCUGUAAUGAUUUAUUCACCCUGUCGUUACAAACCUACGACUUUCUCAACUGACUUUCAUCUGUGAAACACUAAAUAAUAUAUUUAACUGUUAUUGUCCAAACAAUAAAAAUCAAUGUGGUCCAAACAAUAAUGACUCCACUAUUAUAUAUACAGCUGUUGGGCAUUACUGUAUGCUGUAUCUCCGUCAGAUCCUUCGAUCCAGCUGUGGACUUUCAUAGAUAUUUUGUCCCUUUAAUCCCAGGACAUCUUUUGGUGGUGGGACAAUGGUCAGGGGGGGAAUCUGUCAUGUUGGUGGAUUCCAGUUCCUUAGAUAUAAAGCCACCACCCUCCAUAGGCCACAACUCCUUUUUUUCUUCCUUUAUGUCUGGCAAACUAACAACACCCUCCUGUGCUCCUAACU